GGAGAGCACCAAGAGUUUGAGCUGAUACCUGAGAACGACAGGCUCCCUAUCUUCAUCGAUGAAAUUGAAACGAACUAAAUUACAUAACAUCAGGAAAGACCAACUUGAACCCAGACAUUGCAUCUGCAAGGAUGAUGUCUGUUCCCUACUUAGCUCUGUGCAUGGCUUGCCUUGCCAGUGUAUUUUGGGAUGCUAGAUGCCAAGAUGCCUAUUCUGGUAAUUUUUCGAUUGAGAACUGCAACUGGGGGAGACAACAUGUCCUUGACUUCGCAGGUAAAAAGGUCAAUGUGUCUAUUGCAGGAUUUGCAGGCCAUAAUCUUUCAGCAAACGUUACGUGCACCACCAACAUCUAUGCUCGGAACGAUUACAUACAUCUGAAAGUCUCACGAUUCAGUCUCUUGGGGUGUUCUAAGUGCACACCCAGUUCUGAGAGACUGACAAUUUCUCACGCCGGCUUUAGGACCAGCGACUCCAUCACAUGGUGUGGAGAAACCUACGCUGAGGAGCUGUACUUUAAAGGGACUGUUAUUUUGGAGUACAAUACUGGUUUACACGGAGAAGGUGAUGGCUUUGACAUCGAAGUGAGCCGUGUGACAAGACCUUGUGUGGAGGAACAAACGCUUACAGUCACUGACAAGCCUCGUCUUCUAUACUCACCACUGUACCCAAACAAGUACCCGAAUCUGCUUAACUGCCGGUACAAACUGCUUGGACUGGGGCAGAAUCUACGGAUCAGAUCCUUGAGUUUUGACGUUGAAUGGAAAGACCGAUGUCUUUACGAUUAUCUCCGUAUAAACCAAGUGAGGUACUGUGGGAUUCAAAGCAUCGACGUCUUGGAGACUUCAAACUUCAACAGCGCCCGCGUACAUUUUCACACCGAUAGGAAUAUUGGUCUGACGGGCUAUGUUUUGGAGUACUUUCAUGAACAUCAGUAUCCAGUUGUGUGUGAUGGGAACACGUCACUGAAGUUGAUCGAGUUGCCAAGCAAUGAGAGCUCACUCCUCAUUGAGGUGAAAAUCAACCGCACUACUAAAAGUAAUUGCACCCUUGAGAUUGAUGCUGGUUCUGAUGAUAAAGUCCUUGAAAUACGCACUCCGUCUCGUCAGAACAGUAUUGACUGUAACAACGUGUUUAUUCACACCUAUAACCACAGUUCAUGGCAGUUUACAGGUUGCCCUCGACCCGUUUCCUACCUGCGCACGUCAAGGAGAACCUUCAGGUUCAUGGUGACUACGACAGGCAUUAGGAGAGAAGGGUCCACUGGAGAUUAUGACGUUUUCAGUUUGCAUGUCACACCGCUGGGCAAAGAUAUUUUACCGCCUUUACUCUCUGCUGAGAACACAACAUCAUUUGUUUGGAUUGACAAAGAGAUGAUGAGAAACUCUUCUCAGUAUGUGACUCACAUCACGAAGCCGAGUGGCUGGAAAUGCAUCAAAGUGCAGACUCUAAGGUUUGACAUGGGCCAACUACAAGAGUAUGGGUCUGGUUCAAGCAGGCAGAGUCCGAACUUGAUGCCAGUAUCUGAUUGGCUCACUGUCCACAAUGGACGUAACAGUUCCUACUUUGACCUCACCAUGGGAUGCGGGAGCUCCAAAAGUACAGACUCACAAAUUUACAGUAAAGGCACCGACGUGGUUACGGUGUCUGUGAAUAUGAGGAUGGAGCCAAAGACUGGAUUCUGGUUCAGCUUUCAGGCUACAGAUGAAUGCACGUGGCCUGUAAUCCAACUGAAUGGAAACAGGGGAAAGUUGCACCCUAGAUAUAAUUGGAAAUUGAAAAAUUUAUUCUGCACUUGGGAAAUUCGGAAAAGCUCCAAUUCCUAUUACUCUACAGAAGCUGUGAAGAUAAAAGCAAACAACAACUUUUCUAUGAUAAGUAGUAACAGAUUCAGAGUUUUCGAAGUUGGGCGAAAUGAUAUCAAGAAAAUUGCUGACGUCAACCAAGGCUCUAGCAGAAACAUGUGGGUGCAUGUGGAGGGCUCUGCGCGUGUAGAGGUCGAGAUUGUGUCUGCUCCUGCGAACAUCCCACCGCCUAAUAUCUUUGACUUUGAAUAUGUGCUCUUUUAUUCUUCACCAAAACAGUGCGGCCCCUAUGAACUGAAGGCUCUGACCUCUCCCCAGCUGGCGUAUACCCCAAACUACCCAAACUUUUAUCUCCGGUUCUAACCACAACUGGCAUUUAGAAAGUACGGCAUGUUUUAACGGUUAUAGUAAUAAAAAACCUAAAUCUCAGGAGUACAGAGCUGAAGCCCUCAAAAUUGAGUUUGAGUCUGAUUAUCCUUAUCCUAGUUUCAACUUCACAUAUGGAAUCGGUGGAUGUGUAAAUACUUUGAUUAAUCUCACUGACUAUGGAAUGAGCUACACCCUUCAUAAUGUGCUCCCUCCGUGGACGCAGAUAAGGAGAGAUUGUCUCUUCAGAGUGAUAACGGAACCAAGUCACGUGAUACGUGUCAGUUUUGAUAAACUUUCUCUCAACCAGGACAACACUCACUAUUGCGGCGAUAAUUUCUUUACAGUCACUGAUAAGUGCGACAAUGGGAACUCCCUCGGAAAGUCCUGUGGGGCAAUCAAAGAGAAAACCAGCGUCACCAGCUUGGGAAAUGUGAUAGUAAUUAGACUGCAUACCGAAAUUAGCACAAGUAUGGACAUUGUUUAUAACUUUACCCUUACCGCUGUUCCUCGAGAUCCGUGUACCCAGAGACGUUUUGUAUAUGCCCGAGACAGGCGCCAAAAGAUGGACUAUUACCCUUCUGAUUCUGGAAAGUAA